AUGGAAUUCCGAGCAUGGCAUUACAUGAUUUUUUACUUUGUGUUUAUUAAGUAUCUGGAAGCGAAAACGAUUUCCUUGAACGAGCUGAUUGCCGCAGAACUGCAGCAGAAGGAAGCCUUCGAGACGACAUUUCCACCUAAACCAGCAGUAAUCACGCGCAAACGUCCCUAUCUCAUUAAAGCACCAAGACCUUUUGCAAGGAUAAAACAAAUUCUAGACUCCGGUUUAUCUAUAGUUAAUAAACCAUUCGAAGGGAGCAUACUAUCACCACUCAAAUACAAAAAGACAUAUCUGAUCAAAAGUCCACUUAAACCAAAAAAGUUGAAACUGCUACAAAAAUCUCGAUACAAACAUAAAAAUCAGUCAACGAAGCGUGAGAUUAAUGGAAAUGAGAAGCUCAAACAAAAAUAUAUUCCACUUCUCAAAAGUCUUAGUAUGUUGUUUGAUAAUCUUCUCAAUUCAGACGCAAGCGAGUCUUAUGAAGUCAAAACAAAGAAGUUUAAGCGGCAUCGAUUCUACUCCGAAGAGACAUUUGAGGACAUCUCUAGUGCAGAACAGCCCAAACCUGAAUUUUCAAAAAAAUAUUCGCAAAAAACGACAGUUACUGUUACCCCGACUACCACCAUUGAGGUCUCGGUUACUGCCGAGACUCCCACCACUGCCGCGACUACCUCCACCACAACCGAUAAUACUGCCACUCGUGACUUCAGCACUAUCAGACGGAAUAAGAACCUACCCGUAUUACUUGCAAGAGAUACCUGUAGCGGUCGGCGAAACGAUAAUGGAAUCUGUGAGGGAAGCAGCGCCACACUUCACGGAAACAUUGAGGGAAAUAUCACCAGGCAUUAUAGAAAUCAUGAACAUGUUUCCCGAUGCGCGGAGAAUGACUCCUGUACAGAAGAUGGUGAAAAGAAUACCGACCGUGAUACACGAGACAGUGCAAGAAGCUCUGGAUUCGCAGGACUUGUCGGAAAUCGAAAUAAUACAGGACUUAUACAGCGAGGAAGUGGAACCAAUAGUGAAAAUGUCUCGAAAAUUGAGACCACCGAUGACGGCCUUCGAGAAAAUCAAUUCGAAAUUGGAAGAAACGAAACAACGGGCGGAAGAAUUCUACAAGAAUCUCUUCGAAGAUUACGAGGAUUCUCCGAAGAUAUUAACAAAACCACAGAGCCAGUACAAUCCAAAGAAGUACAUGAAGAAAACGUCAAUGUCACACACGAUAUCGCCAGUUAUCAAAGAGUCGCUGACGGAGGUGGCUCAAUUGCCAAAGAAAAUAAAAAAAUUCGUGAAGGAAAUGAAAGAAUGACGUUGAUAGAUAGCUUGAACUUGGCAAUCAGUUCAAGUACUCCAAAGAAAAAAGCUCCAGUUGUUAUGAUUUAUGAUGGGUACAGCAUAGCAAGACAUAAAAAUGGUGAGAACAAAUUCUCAGAAAAGUCUAUUCGUUUACAUUCUUAG